AUGACCAAAGAUGCUGGUUCCGGGCCUAAGCUGCCUGUUCAGCAGCUGGCCAUCCUCGCCGUCGCCAGAUUCGCAGAGCCUCUCGCCUACACCUCUGUGAACCCGUACCUCCCAGACAUGAUCCGCGGCUUCGGCGUUGCGGAAAAUGACAUUGCUACCUGGGCUGGCCUCACAUCGGCCGCCUUCUCCCUCGCACAGAGCGUCACCGCCGUGCCCUGGGGCCGCGCCGCCGACCGCUACGGCCGCAAGCCCGUCCUCGUCGUUGGCCUGCUCAGCACCAUGGUGUGCUUUAUCAUUUGGGGCCUGUCGACGAGCCUGCCCAUGGCUAUUACCGUACGCGCUAUCCAAGGUGGUGGUAACGGAAAUGUCGGAAUCAUCCGGACCAUGGUAGCAGAAAUGGUCCCGGAGCGAGAAUUGCAGCCGCGCGCCUUUUCCAUCAUGCCGCUUGUCUGGUCGCUCGGCUCCGUCGUCGGCCCUGCCUUUGGCGGCUUCUUCGCCAAGCCCGCCGAGCAGUACCCCGACCUCUUUGGCGACAUUUCCUUUUUCAAGACCUUCCCCUAUGCCCUUCCCAACCUUCUCGCCACCGUCUUCUUCCUCAUUUCGGCCUGCAGCGCCACAUUCUUUCUCAAGGAAACACUGGCUACCAAGCGUGAUCGGACAGACUGGGGUUUGCUAGUCGGCCAGCGUCUCACGCGCGCUUUUUCGAGAAGACGCAAGCAGCAGCCCCGCGGCCGCACGUCGUCGUUUGUCGACGGCGAGGCCACCGCGCCGCUCGUCCCCUCCAAGCCCCUUCCACGCAGCGCCAAGGCGCAGGGCUCGGCGUCCAUGAGCGAAAUCUUCUCGUACCAGACCGUCAUCGCGCUCCUCGCGUACUCGUUCCUGGCUUUCCACUCGGUGGCGUACGAUCAAAACAUCACAGUCUUUCUCAGCACGCCCGUCAUCCCCCGCACGCCAGACAACUACAAGCCGCCGCUGUACUUUAACGGCGGCUUCGGCCUCGACCCCGGGACCAUCGGCACUAUCUUUACCAUUUACGGCGUCACCAGCGCGGCAGUGCAGUUCAUCUUGUAUCCAGCCCUCGUCGCCCGCUAUGGAGUCUUGCGCACCUUUCACUUCUGCUCCAUCUUCCUGCCCAUCGUCUACUUCAUCACGCCAUUCGCCUCGCUCUUCGCCACCGAGCGCGCGCGCUUCCUCGCCAUCAUCGGCGUCAUGAUCCUCAAGGCGUUUUGCAUCAUCAUCGCCUUCCCCUCCACCACCAUCCUGCUCACCAACUCGUGCACGUCGCUGCGCAUCCUCAGCUCCCUCAACGGCUUCGCCACCAUGUUCAGCGCCCUCUGCCGUGCCAUGGGGCCCGCCUCCACCGGCUGGGUCUUUUCCUGGGGCGCCGACCACGGCUACGUCGUCAGCGCCUACUUCUUCCUCGGCACCGUCGCCCUGCUCGGAGCCAUCCCCGGCUUCAUGAUUGUCGAGGGCGACGGCCCGACGGCUGGGAGUGCGGCGCUGGCGACGGAAGAGGACGGCGACAGCUCGGAGGAUAGCAGCAUGCGGGACAGUGGCGUGCUGCUGCCGAACGAGUCGGCCGCCGUCGACAGCGAGGACGAGGACGGCGAGACGCAGCCGUUGAUUACGAGCCAGCGAAACGGCGGCUCCAAAUAUCGCUCCAUUGCUGGCUAG